AUGUCAGCAGUCCAGUCCCGAUCUUCCUCCCGUCCCACCGGAUGGAUAACGACGGAACCAUGUACUGCAACACAGCCCUAUGGUCCAACACGCCCAGUUGCAUCAGAACCACCUUCUCUGCAACAAGUUCCAGAUCAUGUUUACCAGCUCGCAAAACUGAUACCCGUCAAUGAAAAAGCACGGGUGGCUAUCGAGGCGACAGCUCGGACGAACGUGGAGCAUCAUCGGAAGUUCAUAAGCGAAACAAUUUGGGAUAAUAGGGUCACAAAAUGUUUUAGCCUGUCUAUAAGCACAUUGCCUGAAUUCCCCCAUCUUGGAUGGAGGAUUGGCCGGGGCCGUGGGGAGCUCAGAAACGGGGGCGUGGAUCUUCUCCUAUACAUCGCAGAUGAGGGCCAUGCGGAUCGUGUUGCCGGCCUUCACGCUCGGUUUAAUUGGGUUAAGGAAGCGGCUGGCUUCUUUAUUAUUUCCGAUGGUGAGGAUAAGAGAGUGGUGGUUAAUGGGGAGCCAUUCAGGGCUGAAAAGCGCCUAAUUUACAAGCCCAAAAAUGACAUCCUGAUUGGAGGAUGCCUUUUCACCUUGCAAUAUGUUAACCGGACUCAUCAGGAGGAAGACUACUUUCAGGCUCAAUUGGCUCAGAUGUUCCGCCGAUUUCACCAUGAUGGGAAUCCUCUGAUAUUGUCUACGCCUGAGCACCAUGCUCGUUUCGGCGAUUGGAUAGUCCAGCACCCGAUUUCGAAAGGGGCCUUUGGCAUUGUUUACAUGGUCGUCCAUUUUCGGUCAGGGCACCCAGCAGCAGCUAAGCGCAUAUUCAAGUCCAAGAAAAAUGAAUUUAGCGUGGACCGAGAGAUCCAGAUGACUAGGCGGAUUUCGCAAAUUAGCCAUAGACGAAUCGUAUCCGCUCUCGCGAUAAUCCACCAACCAGCUCAGACAAAAGCCGAAACGGCCAGGAUGAGGGCGCUUCUUGAUCAAAACUGGGAGCCCAUAAUCACGGACGAGUAUAUUAUUAUAUCUCCUCUCUCGAAUGCGACGUUUCGCUCAUUGUAUACAUCAAAUGUAUCACUCGAGAGCAGAGCUAUUUUAUUCGCUCAGCUCUUGGACGCAGUUGCUUUCCUUCAUAGCCAGGGCAUCUGGCACCGGGAUAUCAAGCCCGACAACGUGCUGAGGGACAAAAACAUGGCCGGGCCGUUGAUUAUUGGAGCUGCGGUAUAG